AUGACUAUCCUAGAGGAGCUUGAUGACGCAAGUAUUCCUCAGAAACUAGACAAUCAUAUAUUUUUUGGUUCCGUACAUUCGCUGACGCAUACAGAUUUCCUGGUAGAAAACAACGUUAGAUUUUUCAUAAACGUUGAUAUAUCAACAGAGCUAAUAUCACAUGUCUAUCACGAGGUUCGUCCAAACUUGGCCGAUGAAAUAGUGAUCGUGAACAUCGACAAUAACUCUCAAAUACCAAUAGACAGUGAUUUGGUACGUUCCUUCCAUUGGCAUAACACUUCGCUUUUGCAACAAUUGAUCCAUCAUCUCGAUUUCCUCGGCGAUAUUAAUAAUAACGGCGAACCGCUAACCCCACCACCAGAAUCACACUACCGAAACGCAUAUGUUCAAUUUGACCAUUCCACUGACUCACCAUCGAUAUUAGAUAGGCUUUUAUAUGGUAAAAAGUCAGAAUAUUCCCGUACAAAUAUUUUUCAAGUUACCAAUGAAGCGAAAUUUCAAGUCUUUAACGAUCUAAUUACAAUCUUCAAAUACUCUAUCGCUCAAAGUGGGAAUUCUAAUAGUAAUAUACUCGUUCUCUCGGAGAACGGCAGCAGCGAUGAAAACUUGAUAAGUUUACUGAUGUCAACCGUCUUAAAAGAAAAUCCAACCUUCAACGUUUACCAGGCCCUGCAAUUCGUUAAAUCUAUUGCGGUAAUUCCUGACACGGUAAGAGAUGAAAAAAUCUUAUGGGCCACAGGAUUCAUCAACUAUCAAGAAUUAAUCAAGAAAAAUGAAAUGUAUUGGGGCCUAGGUUCGCAAAAGGGUCUCAGACUUACAUCUCUUGCGUCCCCAAUAUCAAAAAUAGAAAGAAAACAAAGAAGACGCGACGACUCAAAUAUCAUUCGCUCAAAGCUACCACAACCGAGACAAAACCCCUUCUGCUCAGCAGAGAGACCUAAAAGGGCUCGCUGCGAUUAG